CCUCGCCCCACGCCGCUGCCAAGGCCACGCAGGGCUGCCGGGGAAACAGCGGAGACCGCUGCCGUAGCGUGACACGUAGGAUGGGACGAAAUGGGAGGCGAAGUGAGCAGCAGGAGCCGGAAGUGCCUGGCCGGAAAGGCGACGUCGGCGGCCUCGCCGGGAAGGCGCGACGGGCAGGGGCCUCUCUAGGCUGCGGCGCGCAUCUCUAUGGUCUCUGCCCGCCGGGGCGUAGGCGUAGCAACCAGGGCCGCGGCCGCCCCCCCGGCCCUGCCCGGCUCGGCUCGGCCCUGUGCGCGUCUCCUGCCGGCGCUUGUGUUUUCAUACCGCUCGGCGGCGGCCGCUGGAUGCGGGUCUCGGCGGGCCACGGGGAUGCCGAGAGCCGGGGAGGGCGGCGCCGGGGCCCUUCUCGCUGCCUCCGCCGGCGGUGCGGGAUGAGGCGGCGGCUCCAGUGAGGGCAGGCUGCGGGGCGCGGGUGCGGGGCGUACACUGGUCGCUGUUACGGUGGCGGCCGUUUCUAGCCCUCAGCCUAGAAGGCGGGCGGGUUCUCUCAGGCCUGAGGUUCGUUUCUAGCCCCUCUGCUCAGCGCCGGCCAAAGGGUGCGCGGAAUGCAGCUUUGCUGUGCGUGUGUCAGCUGCGGCUGCCUCUGCCAAGUGCCGUGCCCGUGAGAUCAGAGUGCAGUCUUGAAAACCAGGCUUCUGGAAAGCGCUCACAGCCGAAAGAGGCAGACCCGAGUGUGGGUGUGAGCGCCCGGAAGACUCCACUCGAAAUCAUGGCAGAGGCUUCAGGGAGUCCUCCGACCGAACCUGUUGUGAGGAAGAAAAAAAGCAUUUCUAUUGAAGAGAAAAUUGAUAUCAUAAGUGCUGUGGAGAGCGGCAAGAAGAAAGCAGAUAUUGCAGCUAAAUAUGGCAUAAAGAAGAACUCUUUGUCUUCAAUUAUGAAGAAUAAAGAAAAAGUUUUGGAAGCCUUUGAAUCUUUACGGUUUGAUCCUAAAAGAAAAAGACUAAGGACUGCUUUUUAUACCGACCUGGAGGAGGCACUGAUGAAGUGGUACAGAAUUGCGCAGUGCUUGAAUGUGCCGGUGAACGGCCCUAUGUUGCGCCUCAAGGCUAAUGAUUUUGCCCAGAAGCUUGGACAUAGUGAUUUUAAAUGCAGUAAUGGCUGGCUCGAUCGUUUCAAGUCAAGGUACGGUUUAGUUUUCAGAGCUCAGCCUGUAGAAGCACCUGCCACUUCUACAGUGGAUGCUGCAACUCUUCAGUACCAAAAUGGUCUUCAUUAUUUUUUCAAUGAUUAUCAGCCAAAAAAUGUGUUUUAUUUACAAGGGACUGGAUUGUUGUAUCAGAUGUUACCACACAACACGUUUGCAUUCAAAGGGGAAACUUGUUCUGUAGGUAAACUAAGCAAAGAGAGAAUAACCAUAGUGCUGGGUACAAAUAUGGAUGGCUCAGAGAAACUUCCUUUGCUUGUUAUAGGAAAAAACAAAAGUCCCCACUUUUUCAAAGAUGUGAAGUCACUGCCUGUGGAUUAUGAGGCGACUGAAAUGGCGUGGAUGACUUCAGAAGUGUUUGAACAGUGGAUGCACAAACUAGAUGACAGAUUUCAAGCACAGCAGCGACAAGUGCUGAUUAUUGUUGACAUUCUUCCAGCUCACACAGAAGUAAAGAACCUAAAGUCUGUCAAGUUAGUGUUCUGUCCUCCAGACUAUUCUUCAUGUAUUGCCAUGAAACAAGGACUUAUCAGAAGUCUGAAAGUUAAAUACAGGCACUGCCUUAUCAAGAGAUUUGUUGACUGCAUAGAAGGUAAUAAAGAGUUCACAUUGUCUCUUCUUGAUGCACUUGAGAUGUUGUAUCUGUGUUGGAGGGAAGUAACACCAGAGACUAUUGUAAAAAGUUGUAAUGAAGCAGGAUUCAAAUUGGAAACCAAUGAAAAUAGUAACGACCCAGAGGUGGAAUGUGAUUUUGAUUUGAUUGCACAUGCAGAGGCAGCUGGAGUGGAGUUUCCAGAAGGUUUAUCUUUGGAGGAAUAUGCAGCUCUAGAUGAUGGGUUGGUAACUCACGAAAUGCCUGUAAAUAAUGAAAGGAUGUGUACCAAAGAAUGCACACCAGAUAAAGCUGGGACAUCUGUUGACAAUGAAGAUGAAGACAAAAGUGGUCGAUUUCAGGGAGCUGAACAGCCUUUACCAUCAAAAAAUGAGGCUUUGAAUGCUGUAGAUACGCUUCGGAAGUUUCUCAGAAGUCAAGCCACAGAUGAUUCUCUUCAUGAUUCCCUAGCUGACCUGGAGAAUUUUAUUCAACAUAUAGCAAGUAAAUAAAUAUUUUACCUAAAUAUGAAAGCAUGCAUCUGAAAAAAAAGGAGUUUUAUAAGUAAAAAAAAAAAAUCAGCAGUUUCAUAACAAGUGUUGCUGCAGUACUCUCUAGGGUAUCUUGCUCAAGUGCAUAGAAGUACAUAAUAAAAGAAAUUGGAAAUUAUCAAAAAGGGCUGUGAACUGAAAUCUUCCACAAAAUCAGCAGGAAAGAACACAAACUUUGGAGUGAAUAGGACAAACCUUUAAAGUGGUAGUUGUAGUAAGUACUGGCAGGCAAAAGCAGUUCUUUAAGCUGUUCAGUGCACUCAGGAGAAACUGGUGCUCCCUUGGAAUUCCUUCUUCAGGAAGAGAUUAGCACUUGUUCAUAUCCAUAAUUUCACUGGUAUCUUUGGUAUAGUUGACAAUGGAAUAGUAGAUAUUUAUCAGCUUGGUGCUUUUCAUAAUUAAAUAAAUAGUUGAAUAACACAGAAAAGACAUGCUUAAGUUCUGAGAACUAAAGAGUUUUUAAAUGGUUUUUGUCCUCAUUCAAGAAUUCUGGCCAUACUUUAUUUUUACAACAAAUGAUUAAGUUAACAGCUUUGGAUGUAUUUUGAUUUCUUAGAGCUCUUCAUGUAUGGGUACACACAAACAGCAUAAUCAUUUAUCCGAGAUUCAAACAAACAAACCUUUACUUGAUGUUUGAAGGGGUCACAAAGGAAGGUCAUUCUCCCUUUCAGCCUUCCUGGGAUUUGGAUUUGAUGUGAGUCAUUCUGUGCACCUCUAUGUAUUUCUACAGUAAAUACAGGAAAAAAAAUCAGCUUUGCUGUAGGAUUACAUGAACCAAUCUGGUUUAUUACCAUCAACAAGGGUGCUGUUUGCGUGAAUGCAGUGUGAAGUUGAGUAAAUCACAGUACAUUUACGCAUCCUCAAGUGUAUGUUUCAAGCAAUGUAAUCAUACCAUAGCCAAAACCCUCACUUUACAAGGCAUACUGCUUGUGUCUUUCUCCCAAACCUGUUUUAAUAAUUUUCCAUAUGAAUUUUUAUCUUUUUUCA